UUUGGGUGCUAUCUAAAAAUUGUUUUAGCUUUAGGAAUUACUUUUGUUUUAAUUAAAAAUAUCAAUACAAUUUAAAAGAAAAAAAAACUUUUUUUUUACACAAAAAGAAUACACGGGAACAAUGAAGUACAAACUGCACCGUGUUUUAGCGUUUAUUUCUGUUACUUUGGCCUGUAGUGUGCUAGCUAAGCCUCUUACUGAUUUGCCAGAUUUGACAGACACGUUUGUUCCUCUUGGUGACGAGAGACCUACUUUAAGGCACUAUGUAUUCAAGCGUUCACCUCUGGUGGAAGAGAUCAUGGGGCCGCUCAGCCGUAACGUACGUCAGGUCAGCGAAAGCGCCAGAAGUUUUGAUGUCUAUAAACGUAUGCGGGUGCUUCUGACUCUGCUGCGGAUUCACAUCGGCCGCAGUCCUAGCGUAGAAAUCUUCCAGUUCCACAACUGGGACAAGACAAUCAACAUUGACCAACUCUUCUAUACCAAACCAAAAACCAUUUGGGAGGUACGUCGUGUGCUCUUCGCUGCCCGCUCUCUGGGACUACGUGUUCGAGCUACCGGGGCCGGACACAGUCGGUCACCGCUGUAUGUAGAUGAAGGCAACAUUAUGAUGGACGUCCGAGACCUGCAGAGGCAUGAUGGACCUUUCAUGCAGCUUAAUCCCAAAACACAAGAGAGGAACUUCCCCACAAUAACUGCAAUGACUGGAGUGUACGAGAUUGAGCUGAACGAGUUCAUGAAAAAGAACAACGUCACAGUCUUGGCGCAACCGUUGAAUGACCAGGAGACACUGGGCGGGAUGGUCGCUGCCAGUACACACGGAUCAACUUACGACGAGCCAACUUGGAGUGGAGUUGUCGUGGAAAUGAGGUUGCUUGACUCCAUGGGGCGCUUCCGCAAAUUCACGCUGGAGAAACACCCGCUGAUAAUGAAAGCCGCCAUUUGUAACCUGGGCAUGUUCGGGAUUAUGUAUGACAUCACUUUUAAAGUGUACCCAAUGAUAACUGUGAAAGUUGUGAAUAGUUUUGUGCCUCUGAAAGAUCUAAUCCAGAACAAAGCCGCUCUGAAGGCUCAGAUCAGUCAGAACUUUAUGAAUGAAAUCUCGUGGUUCCCGUUCAACCAGCUCACACAAGCGGAAGAAGACUACUACAAAGCUACUGGUAAAGCUCCCAGUACUUGGAACGCUGGCAAUGACUUGUUAUGGGUCAGGACUAUCAACCCAGUCAAUGAGUCUGAACUGAUUGGUAAAAAUCUUACCGGCACUCUGUACCUUCCAAGUAACGGUUCAUUGGCUGGUGGAACUGAGACAGGAUUGCUUAAAGCCAGGGGUUCAAUAAACCUGGCCAGACAGGUUCCCGCCGUCAGUUACCAACGCUUGGUAGAUGCUUUCCCAAUUAUUCUACCUCCACGCUGGGGAGUGGAGACUAGUGCUGCCUUCAUGGUGAACAUUGACAACGAUUUUGAUAGACCAUUUAGAGCGCUGAAUUAUUUAGUCGACAUGGCAGAAAAACAGAUUAAAGAAAAUGCCUCAACACCCAUAAACGCCCUGUUGCCGAGAUGGUUUAAGAACCACAACUGUUUCCUGUGUCCCGGCAAUGAGGACAUAACUCAACCAGAUGAUUCAGGAAAAACUCUGGUUAUUGACUUCCUUGCUCCCCCUGCUCAAUAUGGAUUCUACCCAGCGGCAGCUUCAUUUGUAAACCAGUUUAAAAGUGAAAAACUUCGACCCCACUGGGGCAAACGCCAUGACAAUAUCAACGGAAUUAUUAACAUUAUUAAAAAUGUCUAUGGAAAUCUUUUAACUGGCUUUAAAACUCAGAAGAGACUUGCUGAUAUUGACCCCUGUGAUAUGUUUAUGAACUCCUACUUGCUAGCCAUAUUUGGAAGAAGUGAAAAUUGCAGGACAAUUUAAAGAAAUAUUAUUUUUUUUUGCAUAAGCAAACUAGCAAUGAUAUGACAUGCUCAAAAGAAAUCCAACUUUCAGGUUUAUAAACAAAGCAAAAUUAGAAUUUGCAAAAAUGACAUUAAUAGAUGAGCCAAAAUACGGGAAAGAAUUCAUUUCCUUUAAAAAAAAAAGGUUACAUGAGAUUUAUUUCUUUACCUAUAUGCUGCACCAAGUAAUCUAAACGUAGUGAGUUAGUCUAAGUUUAAAUUUGAAACUUUUUGUUUUGGGGGUUAUUUCAAAUUUGUGAUUCCACAUUGUCAUUUAUGACAUUUGCUUUAAAAACAAAUUUGUUAACUCCUAAAGGAAUUAUGUAUUGCAGAAUGUUAAUUUAAAACAUUGUCCUGUAUCAUUACAAGUUGUUGGAAGAAGAAAGAGUCUGUAUCAAUUGUUAUACUUGUGCUUUCAUUACUGACUGUUUCUUUUGUUAACACCAGUGUAUCUUUACUGACUUGUGGUGUGGGACAUUAUAUUCAUUAGUGCAUUUGGUGACAAGUGUGAAGACUAGAAUGUCAUGAUAUACAAUGACAUUAAGUACUGUAAGCUAUUUAGAGACAAUAACAAACAAAUUUAUGAAUGUAUAAAUAUUUUUUUUCCCCAAAGAUGUUACUCUUUGAAUAUUUACUGUUUCUUAUUUUGUUAGCUAUUUGUUAUAACAUAUAAUGUUUCUUACUUAUGUAGCAAAAGUGUAUAAAAAGUGGAUAUAAAUGUGUAUGCUGAUGCAAGAAUGUUAUAAAAAUAUAAGGAAAUACACAAUUGUCUAAGC